AUGGUGUUUGAAGGAGGUUUUUACUUAGAAGGUGCACGAGGAGAAUACGUGCGAGCUGCCUGUUGGAGGAGGUGCGAGUGGUGUGGAGUGGAGCAGUUCGGAGGGUGCCGUGCCGUGCCGUGCCCCGUGCUGGCGGCUGCACCGCCGGUCGGCCUUGACCCCGGCUGCAAGGCUGAUGCUGCGGCUGGGACGGCGCCGCUGGCCACGCCACAUACCGCUGCGCUCGCGUCGCCGCGCCGGCAGUGCGACCUUGACCCUCGGGGCCGGAAGAGGACUAAACAGCUACGUGCGCCGCGCCUCGCCUCGCCGCCGUCUCGUUGCUCGUGUUGGCAGCCAGCCCCGACCGUCGCCCUGGCGCCGCCGCCACCACCACCACCUCCUCCUCCUCCCAGUCCUGUUUGCAUAAUGAAGGCUCUGCGCGCCCGAUAG